AUGAGUUCAGAUGCCAGCCAAGGCGUGAUCACUACUCCUCCCCCUCCCAGCAUGCCUCACAAAGAGAGGUAUUUUGACCGCAUCAAUGAAAAUGACCCAGAAUACAUCAGAGAGAGGAACAUGUCUCCUGAUCUACGACAAGACUUCAAUAUGAUGGAACAGAGGAAACGAGUUACUCAGAUCUUGCAAAGUCCUGCCUUUCGGGAAGACCUGGAAUGUCUUAUUCAAGAACAGAUGAAGAAAGGCCAAAACCCAACGGGAUUACUAGCGUUACAGCAGAUUGCAGAUUACAUCAUGGCCAGUUCUUUUUCGGGCUUUACUUCACCUCCCCUCAGUCUCGGCAUGGUCACACCUAUCAAUGAUCUUCCUGGGGCAGAUACAUCCUCCUACGUGAAGGGAGAGAAACUUACUCGUUGUAAACUUGCCAGCCUGUACAGACUUGUCGACCUGUUUGGAUGGGCACACCUGGCAAACACAUACAUCUCAGUAAGAAUAAGUAAGGAGCAAGACCACAUUAUCCUCAUUCCCAGAGGCCUGUCUUUUUCUGAAGCCACAGCCUCCAGUUUGGUGAAAGUCAAUAUAAUAGGAGAAGUGGUUGAUCAGGGAAGUACUAACUUGAAAAUUGACUAUGCAGGAUUCAGUCCCCAUGCUGCAAUCUAUUCAACACGUCCGGAUGUUAAGUGUGUGAUACACAUUCAUACCCUUGCAACGGCAGCUGUAUCCUCCAUGAAAUGUGGAAUCCUUCCCAUUUCUCAAGAGUCCCUGAUCCUGGGAGAUGUUGCCUAUUACGACUAUCAAGGGUCACUUGAUGAACAGGAGGAGAGAAUUCAGCUGCAGAAAGUUCUGGGGCCAAGUUGUAAGGUGCUGGUACUCAGAAAUCACGGUGUGGUAGCACUUGGAGAAACAGUUGAGGAGGCUUUUCAUUAUAUUUUUAGUGUGCAGCUAGCCUGUGAGAUUCAGGUUCGGGCAUUAGCAGGGGCAGGCGGAGUAGACAAUCUGGUUGUGCUGGAUCUUCAGAAGUAUAAAGCUUUCACUCACACCAUCGCCGGUUCUGGAGGAGGGGGAGUCAACAUGGGCUCCCAUCAAAAAUGGAAGGUUGGCGAGAUUGAGUUUGAAGGACUGAUGAGGACUCUGGACAAUUUGGGAUAUAGGACAGGCUACGCAUAUAGGCAUCCUCUUAUUCGAGAGAAACCGAGGCACAAGAGUGAUGUGGAAAUCCCAGCAACGGUGACUGCUUUUUCCUUUGAAGACGAUACAGUCCCACUCUCUCCUCUCAAAUACAUGGCACAGAAACAGCAGCGUGAGAAAACCAGAUGGCUGAAUUCACCAAAUACCUACAUGAAAGUGAAUGUGCCUGAGGACUCUCGGAAUGGGGAAACCAGUCCCCGGACCAAAAUCACAUGGAUGAAAGCAGAGGACUCUUCUAAAUUUAGCAGUGGAACACCUAUCAAAAUCGAAGAUCCAAAUCAGUUUGUUCCUUUAAAUACAAACCCGAAUGACGUACUAGAAAGAAGAAACAAGAUUCGAGAACAAAACCGAUAUGACCUGAAAACAGCAGGACCACAAUCUCAGUUACUUGCUGGAAUUGUCAUAGAUAAGCCUCCAUCUACUAUGCAAUUCGAAGAUGAUGAUCUUGGCCCACCACCUCCUCCCAACCCUUUCAGCCAUCUCACAGAAGGAGAACUUGAAGAGUAUAAGAAGACAAUCGAACGUAAACAGCAAGGCCUGGAAGAAAACCAUGAGCUAUUUUCUAAGAGCUUCAUCUCCAUGGAAGCGCCUGUCAUGGUAGUGAACGGCAAGGAUGACAUGCAUGAUGUUGAGGAUGAGCUUGCUAAGCAAGUGAGCAGGUUAACCACAAGCACGACCAUAGACAACAUCGAGAUUACCAUUAAGUCUCCUGAGAAAAUUGAAGAAAUUCUGUCACCCGAAGGCUCGCCUUCAAAAUCACCAUCCAAGAAAAAGAAGAAAUUCCGCACUCCUUCUUUUCUGAAAAAGAACAAAAAAAAGGAGAAAGUGGAAGCCUAA